UCAUCGAUUCUCAUCUCUUAUCAGGUUCACGCUCAGCAGUUUAUGAAGCUGAUGUUUCCGGUUUACAGGUUAGAUAGCUGUCGGGUGACGUCAUCAUUCCCGCGAUGAUGAAGAGUAAGGCCGAUGAAGAAGACUACUGGCACAGCUCCAAGUUUAAAGCCUUCACCUUCGAUGAUGAUGACGAUGAAUUCAGCAGGUUGAAGGAGUCACGGCAGGCGGUGAACAGUAUCCGGCGGCUGGUGGAGGAAGACGAUGAUGAAGACGAUGUUGAGAAAGUCAGCUGGAGCGGCGAGCCAGUCGGCAGUAUUUCCUGGUCUGUUAAAGAGACAGCAGCAUCCAAUCAGAGAGCAGACAGAGAGCCCACCUUCCCCAGGAUCAGCACUGACACACCAUCUAUCAGCAGGAGUCAGUCAGGAUACUCUCUGAGCUCUCUGUUCAAAGGAAAACCUAAAGGAGGAAACUUCCAGACCUUCAGUGAUGUGCUCAGUGACUCGUCUCUCAGGCUCUAUGCUCCCGAGCUCAGAAAACCUAAGUCUGAGUACAAGGAUUAUGUCAGUGACUGGUCGCCUGAAGAGGUAGUUCAGAGACUUCAGCAAGGAAAGGCCGUGUCUCUGGAGAAGUUCCGUUCGCUGCAGGACAAACUGCUGCUGCUCGAUCUCGCUGUUGCGGCUCAUGAUGGAAACGUUAUCACGGCUGUUCUAAUUUAUCUAAAGAGGACCCUCUGUAAAGAGGUUUUGUUUCGGGAGCUGGAGUCCAGACAGACGGCUCUGAGACACUUCAUCCACUACCUGAGUGAGACCCAAGACCAGAGGCUGCUGCUGGAGCUGCACAGAGCGCUGGGCAGAGCCGAGGACCUGGCACUGCUUCAGUAUAAAGAACACUUGAGCAUCAAUGAUGAAAACAAGAGGCGGGACUUCCUGAAGAAUUGCCUUAGCCUGCCAUUUUCUGCUGAAGACCUAGCCCACGUUCAGGAUCAUUAUACCCUGCUAGAGAGGCAGAUCAUCAUCGAGGCGACAGACUCGCAGGCUGAGCGUGGAGGAAAGGUGGAAGCUUUCCAGAAGUUUCCCAGAAAAGCGUCGAUCCUCAACAUGCCACUGAUCACCACCCUGUACUACUGCUGCUUCUACCACUACACCGAGCCACAGGGCACCUUCAGCAGUCCGUUGAACAUCCGUCAAACCUUCAAGAUCUCAGAGAAACAGUACUUUGUAACGGCGCUGGCUGCGAGAGCAAAGCUGAAGGCGUGGCUUGAUGUGGACGCUCUGUUUGCUAGCAGGAGCUGGCUCGGUUUCACCAGGAAGAAAUCGCCGCUGAGCUUCCACAGAGUUGUCGACAUCCUGCAGAAGAACUCUGCCCCCACACAGGUGCUGCAGGAGUACGUGGCGCUUGUGGACGAUAGCGAGCUGAGGCUCAGUUUGGCUCAGAAACAUAAAUGUCACGACAUCGUCAUCAAUACGUACCGGGACAUGAAGGACCGGCAGCUGCUGCUGGCAUACCGUGGAAAGGUGGCGAGGGGCUCAGCGGAGGAGAGGAAGAUCGAUGAGCUGAUAAACAGCCCGCAAAUUCGCUGGAAAAACUGAUGUUUUGGUUGGCUGUGACCACAACAGGAAUGCCCAGUCAGCCCAUCCACUGAGUCCUCAAUGUAACUCUGCCUACAGAGCCAAAGGGGGCGGAGUCUUGACUUUGACAUUGUGUUGAAAACAGGAGGUGACUGUAGUAAAGUGGGGAGAAGGGGGUGGAGUUAUCCAUGUUUGAUCAGAUGAUUGGACAUCAUUUCUGUCAUCAUGUCAAAUAAAAUAAACACACUGCUCAACUCAUCGAUGCCCAGUGCAUGCUGGGAUACGAACAGAAGCAGCCGCCUUAUUCUCACUCGUAUCUGUGCUGAUUGUGUGUGUGUGUGUGUGUGAGACAGGUGACCAAAUAAAGGGGUGGGUUCAGUGUGAAAGUGUGUUGAUAAUCUUGAACACCUGAUUGGAUGUUUUCAGUUGUGGGUGUGAGUGUAACUGUUUGUUUCUACACAUUUAAAUAAGCUGCCU